AAUCUAUAGUCUUUUAAUGUAGGUGGAAGCAGUUUCUUCUAUCUUGCUGCUCGAGGAAAAGAAAACGUUUGCUAGUGGUUUAAUAACUUAGGAAAACACGUUUACAUUUUGCUUGAUAAAGAUUUUACAACGUGAAAACGAUGCAAAAAAUCGAUAAUUAAUAAGCCGUUGGUGAUCCAAGACAGCACCGUCUAGUGGAGUAUACUAAAAUUUGUAAGGGACAAUUACAUCUGUCUCAAUAAAGGAAAGGCCAUACUGCAAAUGAAUGAAAGAAUUCUUCUAUAAGGAUGAAAUGUAGAUUCAAGAAUUUGAUCUUUAUAUCAGUUGUCUUCUCUUCUUUUACCUAUAUAUUCUUUCUGCGAAGUUGGGGAGGUUUUGGUUCAAGUCAGACUAAUGGUGGUAAAUAUAGCAUUAUUCAACUAUUGCAAGGUAAAAGUAUUGUUAGCCCAAAAAGACUUCAGUGUGUUAAGGACAAGCUAGAAUUAUGGCCUGAGGAGAUAAGAAAAAUAUAUAAUGAAGAUAAUAUUGAACCUAUGGGAUGCUCAAGUGAAAGAGAUUGGAUUAUAGUUAUUAACGGUACACUACAAGUUCAAGUAACUGAUAUCACGGAUAUUCAAUGCCAAGCAACGCCAAUUGUAAGGGUAAAUGAUUUUACUGAGAGAGAGGAAGCAAAAAUUACUGGUUUGGUUGCUGGUUCGAAGAUACCGAGCGACUUCUUCCGACUUGAUUGUAUCGGAAGAAAGGAUAGUUUAACCAAAACAUUUAGAACCUAUUAUUCGGCAAUAAAGAAGAGAGAGAAAUUCCAAAAGAAUAAACGAAAAGCAAGUAGAAAGAAAUGGAAUGUACUUAUGUUUGGCUUUGAUAGUGUGUCCAGAAUGCAGUGGAUGAGAUUACUUCCGCAAACUCAUCACUAUUGGACUAAAGUCCUUAACGCAACUGUCCUAGAAUCUUAUAAUAUUGUUGGCGACGGCACUCCUCAGGCUCUUUUACCAAUUUUAACUGGCAAAACGGAAGUAGAAUUACCCGAGGCGAGGAGAGGUCAUGCAGAUGCGGUUCAAGUCGACAAUCACCCUUGGAUAUGGAAACAAUUUUCGAACGAUGGAUACGUCACCCAGUGGGGUGAGGACGGACAAAGCUUCGGUACUUUUCAAUUUAGAAUGCUAGGAUUUAAGGAUCCGCCAACCGACUAUUACCUGAGACCUUUCGAGAGGGCUGUUCAUAAGAAAUUCUGUUUGGGUUCGGUUCCAACUCAUAAACAGAUGACUAAUUGGAUUGACGAAUUAUGGAGAGUGUAUAAAGGAGAGGAGACGCCUAAAUUCUCAUUUCUAUUCCAUUCCGUAUAUACCCACGGCUAUACUAAGCAAUUAUCGAUAGCUGAUGAAGAUAUGAAGAAAUGGUUAAAGCACCUUAAGGACGAUAAUAUUUUGAAAAAUACCUUCGUCAUAUUAAUGGCGGAUCAUGGACCAAGAUUUCUUUCGCUUAGAGCCCAUAUUCAGGGAAAAUACGAAGAGCGAAAUCCAUAUUUUUCUAUUAGAAUACCCGACGACUUUGAUAAAAUGUAUCCCAAUGCCAGAGCAACGCUCCAACAAAAUGCCAACAGACUAACAACACCUUUCGACAUUCACGCUACCUUCGAGGAUAUUCUUAAUUUUGAUCCUUUCGAAGUUAUUGAUGAAAGGAAGAGAGGAUUAUCCAUCUUAAAAGACAUACCUUUAGAUAGGACUUGCAACAAAGCUGGAAUAGAAGCCCACUGGUGUUCGUGUCUCUCUUGGAAAAAAUUAAAAAUAACUGAUCCCUUAGUGACGAAAUCAGCCGAAAGUGUCAUAAGUCUGUUUAAUUCUCAUCUUGUGCCGUUUUCUAAGUCAUGUUCUAAGCUAAAGCUGGGUUCUGUUAUUUCCGCUUUAAAACUAGAGCAUAACAGCGAUGUAUUAAAAUUUAAAAAGAGUAGCGAUCAACAUGGUCGUGUAGCUGAUUUAUCAGACGAAAUGAAAGCAGAUGAUGCUCGUAUAAGGGUUGAUUUUAUCACCCUACCAAACAAUGGAAGGUACGAGGCGACCGUCAAAUUAAAUCUAAUUAAUAAUUCAUUAUCUGCGGAUAUGACCCAAAUAUCGAGGAUAAAUCGAUACGGUAAACAGCCCCAUUGCAUUAUGGAUAGAGUUCCAGAGCUUAGGCCUAUUUGUUAUUGUAUAGUCCAAUUAAACUAGUAAGAAUGAAACAAAAUCAUUACAAGAAUAUCAAAUGGGAAGGAAGAAAACUUCUUCUUUACAAGAAUAAAAGAACAUUUUUCGUUUUCGUUUCAUAUUUUCUACUAUUUUUAUCUUAUUUUUUAAAUAAAAUAUUUACCUAAA